ACGUCGCAAUGGUGGAAAAUACGGCGACGGCGGCGGCGGCGGCGAUCUCGAGCCGAGGAGUCUCGACCCCGUGGGCGAGGCUGGAGGGCAAGGUCGUGAUGGUGACAGGCGCGUCCUCCGGCAUCGGACGCGGCCUCUGCCUAGACCUCGCCCGGGCCGGUUGCCGAGUGCUUGCGGCCGCGCGGCGUGUCGACCGUCUAGAAUCCCUCUGCGAGGAGAUCAAUGGGUCCUCCGCGCCGGAGUAUCCGAGAUCCGUUGCGGUCGAGCUCGACGUGAGCGCGGAGGAAUCGUCGAUAGCGGCCGCCAUACGGAGGGCGUGGGAGACCUUCGGUCGGAUCGAUGGGUUGGUGAACAACGCCGGGAUUCGAGGUAGUGUGCAUUCCCCUUUAGAUUGGUCUGAAGAGGAUUGGAAUGACAACAUCAGAACAAAUUUAACUGGACUGUGGCUCGUCUCAAAACUUGUGUGCAAACUCAUGCGUGAUGCAAAAGUGAAAGGAUCCGUAGUUAACAUUUCAUCUAUUGGAGGCAUUGAUCGUGGCCAUUUACCUGGAGGACUUGCCUAUAUUGCAUCAAAGACUGGUGUCAAUGGAGUUACUAAGGCCAUGGCAUUGGAGUUGGGUCAGUUUAACAUUCGUGUCAACUCGAUCGCUCCAGGACUGUUUGCGUCUGAGAUCACUUCAGGUCUAAUGAAAAAAGAGUGGCUGAACAGAGUGGCUGAAAGAAUAGGCCCACUGAGAACUUUUGGCACAUUGGAUCCGGCAAUGACAUCGAUUGUUCGAUACUUAAUUCAUGAUUCAUCAGAAUAUGUUUCAGGCAACAUCUUCAUCGUCGAUGCUGGCGUCACCCUACCUGGAGUCCCUCUUUAUUCUUCCCUUUGAUCCUUGUUCUUCUUUUUGUUAUAUUUUCCUGAUGUGGCUACCCAAAAGCUGAUCAAGUCAAUUUAGUUGUUUCAUU